UAUUUGGCCCUUUCACUCAAAACCCCGAUCGAUAGUCAUAGCUUCUCUGAAUUCCCAAUUUUCGUUCGCCUUUCGUCUCGCUUUCUCGUUUUUCCUUCUCCGACGACCACCACGGCAAUGGGAACCGCCAGCGCCGGCGGCGAUGUCGAGGCGGGCUUCGCGAAACUCCAGGGCGAGGAUUUUGAGUACUACAUGCAGACCUACUCCAUCGUCCUCGGGCGCAACUCCAAGAAAUCAACGGUCGAUGUCGACCUCUCCAGCCUCGGCGGAGGGAUGAACAUCUCUCGGCACCACGCCCGAAUCUUCUACGACUUCACCCGCCGGCGUUUCGCCCUUGAGGUCCUCGGCAAGAAUGGCUGCCUCGUCGAGGGCGUCCUCCACCUCCCUGGUAAUCCCCCGGUCAAACUCGACUCCCAAGACCUUCUCCAGAUCGGCGACAAGGAAUUCUACUUCCUGCUCCCUGUUCGCAGCAUUCUCGGUGGCCCAAUCGGCCCUCGCCACUACCCCAACCAUCCUGCCUCCAUAGCUGGGGUGCCGGGAGGGCCCGUGGUGCCGCAUUAUAACUACCACAUGGCCUCGGCCGCUGCAGCUGGGCCUGGCGUGAUAGUGAAGAAAGGCAGGAGGGAUUAUUAUGAGGACGAGUAUGAUGAUGAGGAUGAUGUUGGUGCCGGUGCUAGUGCUGGUGGGGGCAGUAGCGGGAAGAAGGCGAGAAGAGAUGGGUAUGAAAGUUACGGGUACGCUGGUGUGGGUGCUGGAAGCAAGUCUGCAUCAUUGGAUAAGAAAGCAGAAGGAAGAUCCCGAGUAGACCGGGAUGCUGAUAAUCUUCAGCUUCAACAGUUGGAAGAAAAGGAUGUAGUAUCGUCUGUAGCUACUGUUCUCUCUGAUCUCUGUGGUCCUGGAGAGUGGAUGCCUAUGGAGAAACUACACGCAGAGUUGGUGGAGCAAUAUAACGGUGUUUGGCACCACAGUAGAGUAAGGAGAUAUCUUACUUCGGAGGAUUGGCCUGGUCCUGAAUCCAAAGGGAAACCUUGGUAUGGUUUACUUAUGUUGUUAAGGAAGUACCCUGAGCAUUUUGUCAUUAACACCAGGUCCAAAGGCCGAGUCACCUUGGAGUUUGUUUCUCUUGUCUCUCUACUCUCUUGAAUUUUCUUCCCUGCUUGUUCUUCGGCAGUAUUAUAUGAUCUCCUGUAGUUUAUCAAUUAGAGACUUGCUGUCUCUUCUGUUGUGAAAUAUCUGGUAAAGCAUCAAACUGUAUAAAACUAAACUGCUAUUGCUUUUUCAGUUACUGGGUCCAAAAUGGUACUCUCUUUUUGCA